GAAAUGAAUUAAAAAAUCAUAUGUGAAGUGAAAAUUAUGUAUUGAAUCUGAGGAAGUACAAUGUGUAGGGGAGCAAGAACAACCCACUAUAAAAUCCCACACACCCUAUUCUUCUGUUCACGUACCUGUUGAAUCUCAGUAUUCAGAGAAAGGAGAAAGAGAGAUCUUUUUGUGCUGUGAAGAAGGGUCUUUCCUUGUUUCUUCGUGUCUUCACUUUUACCAUGUCGCUGCUAUCAGAUCUCAUCAACCUCAACCUAUCCGACGACACCGAGAAGGUCAUCGCAGAGUACAUAUGGAUCGGUGGAUCAGGACUGGAUCUAAGGAGCAAAGCAAGGACUCUACCAGGACCAGUUAGCGACCCUUCAAAGCUGCCUAAAUGGAACUAUGAUGGUUCCAGCACAGGUCAAGCCCCUGGAGAAGACAGUGAAGUGAUUAUAUACCCACAAGCUAUUUUCAAGGAUCCAUUCAGAAGGGGUAACAAUAUCUUGGUUAUGUGUGAUGCUUACACUCCAGCUGGAGAACCCAUUCCCACUAACAAGAGGCACAAUGCUGCCAAGAUAUUCAGCCACCCUGAUGUUGUUGCAGAAGAGCCCUGGUACGGUAUUGAGCAGGAAUACACCUUAUUGCAGAAGGAUGUCAACUGGCCACUUGGGUGGCCUGUUGGCGGUUUCCCUGGACCUCAAGGACCUUACUAUUGUGGUGCUGGUGCUGAUAAGGCUUUUGGGCGUGACAUUGUUGACGCACAUUACAAAGCCUGUCUUUAUGCUGGCAUCAACAUCAGUGGAAUUAAUGGAGAGGUUAUGCCGGGUCAGUGGGAAUUCCAAGUUGGACCUGCGGUUGGGAUAUCAGCUGGUGACGAGUUGUGGGUAGCUCGUUACAUCUUGGAGAGGAUCACUGAGAUUGCUGGUGUGGUGCUUUCCUUUGACCCUAAGCCAAUCAAGGGUGAUUGGAAUGGUGCCGGUGCUCACACCAACUACAGCACGAAGACAAUGAGAAACGAUGGUGGCUAUGAAGUAAUCAAAUCAGCAAUCGAAAAAUUGGGGAAGAAGCACAAGGAGCAUAUCGCUGCUUAUGGAGAAGGCAACGAACGCCGUCUGACAGGACGACACGAAACUGCAGACAUCAACACCUUCUUAUGGGGAGUUGCAAACCGUGGAGCUUCUAUUAGAGUUGGGAGGGACACGGAAAAAGCAGGGAAGGGAUACUUUGAGGACAGAAGGCCAGCUUCUAACAUGGACCCGUAUGUUGUUACUUCCAUGAUUGCAGACACAACCAUUCUGUGGAAGCCAUGAGCAACAACACCUGCACUUUGUCUUUUCCUUUGGGAUGGAGAAAGGAACAUUAAGUAGGAUUUGGUCCUUUAUUUCACACCUCUUACUUUUUAGGAUUUGGAUUUCUGGUAAUUGUUGUGGUUCGCUUGCUUGGGGCCUUGCUGGUUGGUACAACUAACCACCAAGGAUUCUUCAUUGCUUUCCAUUUCUUUCCCAUGUUUUCCGAUUGUUAUAAUAAUAUCCUUAAUAAUCAUAAUAAUAUAUGAAACUGUAUUCUCAUGGUA